GUUGACCGGCCUUUCUUUUCCUCCUUCGUCUCCGCAGAGCACCGCUGCGUGGAGUCGGCCAAGAUCCGGGCCAAGUAUCCCGACCGUGUCCCGGUGAUCGUGGAAAAGGUCUCAGGUUCUCAGAUUGUGGACAUUGACAAGCGGAAGUACCUGGUUCCAUCCGACAUCACGGUGGCUCAGUUCAUGUGGAUCAUCAGAAAGAGGAUCCAGCUGCCCUCUGAGAAGGCAAUAUUUCUCUUCGUAGAUAAAACUGUUCCUCAGUCCAGCUUGACUAUGGGACAGCUUUAUGAAAAGGAGAAAGACGAGGAUGGCUUCCUUUACGUGGCCUACAGUGGAGAAAACACCUUCGGCGUCUGAGGACACCUUUCCGUUCCCAUGUGUAAAUAGCCUUUCGUUUGUGCAUUCUGAUCCCGAGGCACAUCCAGCAUCUGUCACUGGGUUGAUUUAAUAUAUUGAUAGAUUUCCUUUUUUGUUCACUAGCCUGAUAACGUACCAGAGUUUUAUUUUCCCGUGGCACCCAUAUGGUACUCAUAGCUGUAAAUUCCAUAGUCGCCUUCAUCUGGAACAUAUUUAAUGGCAUUAUUUAAAUAGAGAUACAGAAUAGGGGAGGGAUUGAAGAUGAAGGGGUGAGGGGGGGAUUUUGAAGUGAAUGUUUGAUUAAUUAUUAAUAAUUGCAUUUUCAUAGUAAUAGGGGCUUCUAGGUUACGCUAAGCAGUUCAAAGAUGCUGGUAUGUUGAGCUUGGUUAGCGCGUUCCUCUGGAUGAUGAAUUUUGCUUGAGGAAGCAAGCAGCAAUUAAAAUUCCUCUCAGAAUUAUGUCGUAA